CUGUAGCUGCCACCCACGGUGACCCGCGUGGCUUCCAGGGCUGUUGCAGAGGUGACUCUUCCACAGCCCUGGAGCCAUCCUUUGGGUUUGCAGAUCUUUUGAAGCUUAGAACUGGAGAGGCCUGGGUCCUUCUCUUACAUUUAUGUUGGUGUCAGGAGUUUUUGGGGUAUGGAAAUCACUGCUGGUUUUUGGUUUUAUGUUUUUGUUGGUUUUUUAUUUUUUGGGGGGUUGUUUGUUUGGUUUUGUUUGUUUUUAAUUCUGGCUUGCACAGCCUUAUUUGGAGGGAGGACUUCCACGAGUCUUCUACAGAAAGGGAGCAAUUCUGAGCAGCAGAACAUGGCAGCUUAGGGUGGGAAAUAUGAGUCAGGCUCAUUAUUCUGUUGUUUCCUGAGAGAUAAAUGUGUUUAUGGGCAGUUUAAAGGGAUUCAGAUUUUUAGACAUGGGGGGGCUUCAGAAAGUAUUUGUUGUUUUGAGCUGCAGUCCUGUCUGUCAGCUGCCUGUCGAUACAGUGUGCUGUAACACUGCCUUCUGCAGUGUCAGCAAGGGAAAAGGUGAUCAAAAGAACUGUCAGGAAAGGAUCAAUUGCACUACUCACCACCAGUUCAUCAGAAUUUAAUCUUUGAACAAAUAAGUAUGCCAGACAAAUUAGUCCACCAUAUAAUACUUUUGAAUUUGAAUACAUUUGAAUUCAUAAAGCAUAUGGGAGAAGGGGGGAAAGACCCUGGUUUUUCUAGUCUGUGACUUUAAAACUAUGACUGCAAUACUGUAGAUAUGAUUCUGCUGCAUAGCAAACUGGUUACUCAUAGCUACAGUGUUGCAGAUAUGACUCUUCAGCAUGGCAAAUGCAUUUUAGACAAGCCCUAAACCUGAGAGGUUUAGCACUAACCAAAAGGUUAGCAAAAUACUGAUCACCAGUAACAACCCUCAUUCUCCAUGAUGGGAUAUUAUCAUGACUCCAAUAUAAUAGAGCUGUGUAUGUGCUGAUUUCAGUUUUAGCAGAUCAGUUUUGUGAAGUGAGUAUACUUAGCCACGUUGAACUCUAAAUAUAGACUGAAAGGGGCAGUCUGUUUCAUAGCUAUCUUUAUGGGUACUGCAGGACUCCACAGCUUCCUAUGGGACUAAAAGUAGAGAAAGGAACUUCAGAACAAGUUUUCUUCACAUGAUUUUCACUGGCUGAUUUCUUCCAUACUAGCACAUUACCUGAAUGUUGGCUCCAUAGUGAUUGCGUUGGCUGAGGAUGUGCAUGCGGGGAGACAGCAGAACAGAGCCAGCUCUGAUGGGACGUGGCUCACAGACUGCUGCCUGGUACCAUGUCAUGUUCUAGAGGAAGGACAGCAGGCACAGCCCUCUGUCCUGAAGUUACUGCUGCACACCUAAAAAUCAUAUACUAGAGGACCUGAAUGACAUCCUUUCUGGAAGUGUUAGUGAAGGUCUGGCUUUCACUGUGGUCAGGAUCUCACACCACGUCUUACCAAGUACUCACCGUAUCAAAGGAUAAUAUACUAAGACAAUGGAGAAGCCUCCCUUGGAAUUUAACCUGCCUGAUACUCAUGAAGAAGGAAAACUUUAUGUAGUUGAUUCCCUAAACAACCUAAACAAGCUAAAUGUUUGCCCAGCUGAAUCCCAGCAUUCACUAGAUCAGGAAGAGAACACUGGUGGUACUGGAGAAAGCAUGGGAGGGAGCAACACAAGAAACCAGUGUUUGUUCUUCAGCAUCUUUAUUCUUACUUUGGUCGUCAGUUUGGUACUUGUUUCAUUUGUAAUAUUCUUAAUAUUUCAAACUAGAAAUGAGGUGGACCAAAUAUCAAGCAGACUACUAUCUGAAAAGAAGAACAUAGAAGAGCUGAAGAAACUUAACAAUAUUAUAUUAAAGCAUCUGAAUCAAUCCAGAAUUAAGGAAAAGCCUUCUGAUCUUCAUGCUUACCACUUUACCCAUGCUGAGCUCAAAGUCCCUGGAGAAUAAAUCUUCUUUGGAAAGGAAUUCAGUAAAUUCAUAACUCAGAUAUUUUCACAUAUGGCACACAGGUUGCUGAAACAUGGUUGCUGAAACAUUUCUGGAAAGGAUAGCUGAAUGAAAAAUAUUAGAAAAUAGAAUUUUAUCCUGUUUUACGUGGACAUAGAUUUGUAAUACUAAGCCCAUAUGAUUCUCAAUAAACAAUGGAUUGUCAGUCUGGGACAAGAUUUCCAGAUUCCCCCUGCAUUGUAAAUCACAGAGGUCAGGACCUAGUUUUAUUUUAAAUGUAAGUGAAUGAUCACAGAAAAUCACGAGUUCUGUUCACAUGAUUCCAGCAUGACCUUGUUCACUUAAGCAUUCUUCUGUUACCUUUGUACAAGCUUUCUGUUUGUUUCUAUUACUAUUUGUAUUUAAGGAUAACUUCAUAUUUCGUAACUUAUAAAUAAAUCCAUUUCUGGUCUAGA